AUCCCCUUGCUAUGGAGAACAAACAGAAUUGACUUGGUGGUCUGGCUGGUAACAUUUGUGGCCACGAUACUCCUGAACUUAGACCUGGGACUGGCGGUUUCUGUGGCCUUCUCUCUCCUGACUGUCAUCUUUAGGACGCAGCUACCUCAUUACUCCAUUCUUGGGCAAGUUCCAGGGACACAUAUUUACAGGGAUGUGGCUCAGUACCAACAGAUCCAGGAAGUCCAGGGCAUUAAGAUCUUCAGGUCUUCAUCCACGGUUUAUUUUGCAAAUGCGGAAAUAUAUGCAAAUACUGUCAAAAAGAUGAGUGGCAUUGAUGUGGAUAAACUGAUUGAGAUGAAGAAAAAAGCCAAUAAAAAGGAAGCUCAGCUGAAGAAAAAGGCAGAAAAACAGGCUAAGAAGGAACUGAAACGA